AAUUCAUUAACCAAACGAAACCAAAAUUAUUUUUUUUAUAUUUCCAUUCUUUUAAGGUUUUCUUGUUCUUCCUUGCAUUUCCCACAAUCCCCCAUGGCAGGUGAUCAAGUUGCAGAGGAGAAGAAAUCCAGUGUCAAAAUCCUCACCACAACAAACGUGAAGCCCAAAAAACCACUGGGAAAAAGAGAGUGUCAACUGACCACAUUUGAUCUUCCUUACUUGGCCUUCUAUUAUAACCAGAAGUUGCUGAUCUAUAAAGGGGGUGAGGCAGAUUUUGAGGAUAUAGUUGAGAAAUUGAAGGAUGGUUUAGGUUUAGUCUUGGAGGACUUUCAUCAGUUGGCUGGGAACUUGGGAAAAGAUGAAGAUGGGGUGUUUAAGGUGGUUUACGAGGACGAUAUGGACGGUGUGGUGGUGCUGGUGGCGGCUGCGGAAGAGUUAGCAGUGGAGGAUCUCACGGCGGAGGAGGGCACCACCAAGUUCAAGGAGUUGAUUCCAUAUUAUAGAGUAUUGAAUUUGGAGGGGCUUCACAGGCCACUUCUGGCUGUGCAGUUCACAAAACUAAAGAAUGGUCUUGCAAUGGGGUGUGCCUUUAAUCAUGCAAUACUUGAUGGUACAUCCACGUGGCACUUCAUGAGUUCAUGGGCUGAGGUGUGCCGUGGGUCCAUAUCCAUCUCGGUCCCACCCUUCCACGAUCGUACGAAGGCCCGAAACACAAGAUUGAAACUUAACAUGUCCCAACCAUCGGACGCACCAGAGCACGCCAUGUCAGCAGCAAAUGGUGAUGUGUCUGCCAAGGUGGAACUACCCCUCAGAGAAAAGGUCUUCAAAUUUUCUGAGUCAGCCAUUGACCAAAUAAAGUCAAAAGCUAACGCUUACCCAUCCGAGGGGUCAAAGCCAUUCUCAACAUUCCAGUCACUCUCUACACAUGUGUGGCAUGCAGUCACACGUGCACGCCAACUGAAGCCUGAAGACUACACCGUUUUCACGGUAUUUGCUGACUGCCGGAAAAGGGUGGAUCCUCCCAUGCCAGAAAGCUAUUUCGGGAACUUGAUUCAAGCCAUUUUCACCGUAACCGCGGCAGGGUUGUUAUUGGGAAACCCGCCAGAGUAUGGUGCGGCCAUGAUACAGAAGGCCAUUGAUAUGCAUGAUUCGAAAGUCAUUGACGCACGUAACAAGGAGUGGGAGAGCAACCCAAAGAUAUUCCAAUUCAAGGAUGCGGGAGUGAACUGUGUGGCGGUAGGAAGUUCGCCACGUUUUAAGGUUUACGACAUAGACUUCGGCUGGGGAGAGCCAGAGAGUGUGAGGAGUGGCUCCAACAACAGGUUUGAUGGCAUGGUAUAUCUGUAUCCAGGCAAGAAUGGAGGUAGAAGCAUUGAUGUGGAGAUCACUUUGGAGGCUAAUGCUAUGGAGAGGUUGGAGAAAGACAAUGAGUUCCUUAUGGAGGUUUAAUAAUUAAAGAUUGAUAUUAUCUUAGCUUGUGUUUUAAAAAUGUUUAUGAGCUUGAAACGGUAUCUGUCAUGGGAUUUACUGAUUAUGUAACCACGAAACUUUGUUUUAUGUUUUGUUUUGCUAAAUUCUUUGUUCGUCUACAGAUUAUAUAUUUAUAUUGUCCAGUGUAAUAAAAUAUCGUUCUUUUCUUA